AUGAGUAUCGUCAGCAUCACCCAAGUCCAGGUCCUUGACAACCCAACCCACUUUGCCAACCCUUACCAAUUUGAAAUCACAUUCGAGUGCAUCGCCCCCCUUGCCGCCGAUCUCGAAUGGAAGAUCAUUUAUGUGGGUUCAGCCAACAGCAAUGCACACGAUCAGGUCCUUGAAUCUAUCAUGGUGGGGCCUGUUCCUGUCGGUGUCAACAAGUUUGUGUUCCAGGCGGACGCACCCAAGCCAGAGUUGAUUCCCCAUAACGAUAUCGUGGGCGUAACUGUGAUCCUGAUCACUUGCUCGUACCAGGACAAGGAAUUUGUCCGGAUCGGAUAUUAUGUCAAUAAUGAUUACUUGGACGAGGAGCUGCGCGAGAACCCACCAGAGCAGAUUGCCUACGACAAGUUGUACCGAUCGAUUCUGGCGGAGAAGCCCAGGGUUACUCGGUUUCCCAUCAACUGGUAA